AUGGAUGACGCCGAGUUAGAACAGAUCAGAAAGGCUCGUUUGGAGCAGCUCAAGUCGCAAGGGGGCGGCGGCGGCGGUCGUGGUGCCAGCCAGGGCGGUGCUGGUGGACAAGACCCCGAGAGACAGAAGCAGCAACAAGACGAUGCCCGAAAGCACAUUCUCAACCAGAUCCUGCAUCCCGAAGCUGCCGAUCGCUUAGGUCGCAUCCGAUUAGUCAAGGAAGAGCGCGCCAACGAUAUUGAAAACCGCCUGAUUGCGCUGGCGCAGUCUGGCCAGCUCCGCCAAAAGGUCACCGAGACACAGCUCAAGGAGCUGCUCAACGCCAUGGCGGAAACCAAGGAGCAAGAAAAGAUUGUUGUCAGUAGACGCAAGGCUUGGGAUGACGAUGAUGAUGACCUCGAUAUCUAA